AAAGUAAACAAAAUGGAUCUUGUUAGAUUUCUUUUAUAUUAAAUAAUAUGAUUUUAUAAUUUAUUUUAUUUUUAAAAUGAUAUAAAUGAAGGAAAAUUAUAUUUUCUGAAAUAAAAUUAAAAUAUGGUAAGGAUAAUCUUGUAUCUCCAAAAGCCGCUACUACUGGUUAAUGUGACUUGAAUCGGACUAUCAGCUACUACGACUGGUAGUCGGGGUCUCGUUGUUAUUUGGGAAUGGAACAUGAGACGGACAGGAAUGGAAGAAGAAGAGCAAAGGUAAAAUAUAUACCGUGGAUGAUGGUGACAAGUUGGUGGAGGGGGUGAAUUGUUGGGCAUAGGAUUCCUUUACUGUGAUAUGAUGAUUUUGCUGGUUUCAUAUCUGAAAGCUACAACGCCUUCUGCUCUGCUGCAGUCUCUCUGCAACAGCAGCAUUUCUGCAUCCUCGUCCAUUUCCUACCCAACGGUCUCUGUCCAGUCGCUGGGUUUCUCCCUUCAGAUUUAUUUCCCCCCUCUUCUCAAACAAUGCAUGAAAAAUGUUAAAACCUAUAUGAUUAAUAAAAUAAAAUCAUAUCAUAAUUCGAGCCGUUGAACGAGGUGAGUUGUGGGCUCGUGGGCCGCGUGACAAUAAGAAAUGCUGGGCCCGCAGUAACCCAACAGUCUUUUUCCAAAAUUAAAACGUUUAAAAAAAACAAUCUCUCUGCGGCUGCAGUUUUCACUUUCUUCUACUUUUUCUACCGACCGAACGCCAGAGGAAAAGAAGAAGAACAGAGCAUCGCUUUACGACAAAAAGGAAAGGACUGCAAAAUGUAUUAAACAAAGAAAAACCAACACUUUACCGUUCACUCUCAGCUCAUUCUCUCAUCUCCACCGAAUAACAAAGAACCUCAAACAAAUGGCUGACGAACCUCCGCCCUCCGCCGCUCCUCCCCCGCCACCGCCUCAAUCCGCCGCAGAAGAGCUGCCGGUAGCACCGCCACCACCACCGGCUGCUGAGGUCUCCGCCGAGGAUUCAUCCGCCGCAGCGGAGGCAUCACCACCUGCUUCUGGGAAGGAGAAAUCGCUGGCGUCUAUGAUGGAAAAAGACGAGGCUGCUGGCGAGAAGAAAGCAGAAGAAGCGGCGCCGGUGAAAGCCCAAGUGGUAGCGAAAUCGGUGGUGAUCAAAGAGGAGUUCACCGGCGAGGCAGGGGCGGAGAAGAAGGAGAAGUUGAAGGUUCCGGAGUCUCUGGUCUCGUUCAAGGAAGAGAGCAAUCGAGUCUCUGAUCUGUCUGAUUCGGAGAGGAAGGCUCUCGAUGAGUUCAAGCUGCUUGUCCAGGAAGCUCUCGACUCUCGCUCCUUCACCUCUCCUCCGCCUCCACCGCCGCCAAAGGAGGAGAUUCAGACUUCCUCCUCCGCCGCUACCACCGCCGCCGCAGCAGCAGCUACGGAAGCUCAGAAAACUGAAGAUCAAAGCUCCGAUGUCAGCACAGAGAUUACUCCUCCGGUGGCUGAAAAGCUAGAAGAAGAAUCUACUGAGCCUGCCGCCGAGCCCGCCGCUCCGGUGGAAGCUGCUGCUGCUGCUUCUUCUUCGUCGUCGUCAGAGGUGUCAAUUUGGGGGAUUCCGCUGCUCGAAGACGACAGAAGCGACGUCGUUCUGCUGAAGUUCCUGAGAGCUAGGGAUUUCAAAGUGAAGGAAGCGUACGCGAUGCUGAAGAACACGAUCCAGUGGAGGAAGGAAUUCAAAAUCGACGAGCUCGUGGAGGAAGAUCUCGGCGACGAUCUGGAGAAAGUCGUGUUUAUGCACGGCCACGACCGAGACUGCCACCCGGUGUGCUACAACGUGUUCGGCGAGUUCCAGAACAAGGAGCUGUAUCAGAAGACGUUCUCCGACGAGGAGAAGCGGACCAAGUUCUUGCGGUGGCGGAUUCAGUUCUUGGAGAGGAGCAUUAGGAACCUGGAUUUCAGGCCCGGCGGCGUCGCCACGAUCUUUCAGGUGAAUGAUCUGAAGAAUUCGCCUGGACCGGCGAAGAGGGAGCUCCGAUUGGCGACCAGGCAGGCCGUGCAGCUGUUGCAGGACAAUUACCCGGAAUUUGUAGCCAAACAGGUGUUCAUCAAUGUACCUUGGUGGUAUCUUGCAUUCUAUACAAUGAUGAGUCCCUUCAUGACCCAGAGGACUAAGAGCAAGUUCGUGUUCGCCAGCACGGCGAAAUCUCCCGAAACACUUUUCAAAUACAUAUCUCCUGAGCAAGUCCCAAUCCAGUAUGGUGGAUUGAGCGUGGAUGACUGCGAUUGCGAUCCAGAAUUCACUUUUGCUGAUCCUGUUACCGACAUGAUCGUGAAGCCGGGGACCAAGCAGACGGUGGAGAUCCUAAUUUAUGAGAAAUGCAUGUUCAUCUGGGAGAUACGAGUGGUCGGGUGGGAAGUGAGCUACAGCGCCGAAUUCGUCCCCGAUAUGAAAGAUGCAUACACGAUCAUAAUCCAGAAGCCGACGAAGAUGACACCAACUAGCGAGCCGGUGCUGUCGAACCAGUUCAAAGUGAGCGAACUGGGGAAGAUACUGCUGACGAUCGACAACCCAACUGCGAAGAAGAAGAGGCUUCUGUACAGGUUCAAGAUCAUUCCCUUGUCUGACUAGUGUUCAGAGAAUCAGUGACUGGUGUUGUAUUUACUUAAUUUUACAUGGAUGUUCCAAAAAUUUCAUGGUGUUAAAGGUGAGUGAGAGAUGGAUGGACGAACUCUUGAGGGCUCCUUUCUGGGUUUUGUUUUUGGCCUAUGUGGUUGUUGUUGCUUCUGUUUUAUUGGCAUGUUGUAAAUUGGGGGUAUGAGAAGUGGAUUUUCUGACACUUUAUUUCUUUAGAACAUUCUUCAUUCUUGUGCCGGUUGCAUCCACAUGUUUUCUAGUGCUGCACAUUUCAUUCUCACAUCGAUGAAGCCUCGACUUUGCAUAACCCACUUGCUUUCGCCUUUCGCCAUAUAGUAAGUACCACCAUGGACAAAUGACAUUUUCGUUCACGAGCCUAGUCUUCGUGCUAGAAAGGAUGUGGAGAUUUUAUGAAAGUCGCCUCUUCCCGAGUGAGUCACUCGCAAUUCAGAGGACUCAGUUCAUAUAGGAUCAACCAGACAACAAGGGGCCUGAUACAAAGAUCAUUCAAGAUGUUUAUAGCGUUUGCAAUGAGUAUAUGUUCUAUUAUCUGACGAAGUUCAGAAGUAUUAUAGUUUUUAUAGUCCAGCUUGAUUCUCAAUGUACAGUUUUGAGUUGCUUUAAAGCAUAAUUAUGAGUGAUCACCAUUAUGCAACUAUGAUACAUCGAUUCGAGCUAUUAGACAGUGAUUAAGAAGUCUUAGUCUCCCAUAUUUAAUAGAGAUGGUAACUAUUACAUGCAUCAUUAGCGAGCAAGGACAAUCUCUACUUCCUGAUUUCAUUUCGCUCAAGUCAUCGAUCUUAUAUUAUGGCAAUAAACUUUGUAUGAUUCA